AUGGCAAUUGAUAGAAGGCAAGAAUGGGGACAUAAUUCUGAUCUGCAUGUGACUCUAGCUUCAGCUGAGCACCAGUUGCUGCAAACUGAUUAUGAAGAUUAUGCCAUAUCACAAACCAGUUGCAUUGCUUGCCUGCGAUCUGCCUCUCUCGUGUUGCUGAUAAUUUUGCUUGUACGCCAAGCUUUGAUGGUCACAAAGAACUCCACAACUGAACAAGAUGCAGCAACAAUCUUUAAUUUUGAGAUGUCACUCCUUCAAAUUGCUGGUGUUCUUUUGCCAUGCUAUGCAAUGGCACGAUCCUGGUAUGCGAUACAAAACCGAAGGAGAAGACAGGUUUUACGUCUGUGA